GCACUGUAAGCAUUGAAGAUCACAUAUAAUUCAAAUCCAAGUGACAUACACAACUUGUGUGGCUGCAUGUACGAUCUUGUUAGAAGCACGUAGUCAAAACAAAAGAGUAAUAAGCACAUGAAUUUUACGUUUAAAUCUAGAUACUAAUCGUCAUUUUUUCGCGACUAUAAUGGAUACUCCGAAAAAUUUACAAAUUCCAUCUUCGGUUGAAGAAUGUAUUUAUUUAAUGCGUUCGUACAUCUAUAUCGACAAGUACAGUGGUGAGGUGUCGAUUCGUGAAUUAUCACCUUUUCUUGCGCCCGGCUUUGUUCUCGGACUGUGUGCUCAGAUUCCAUUCUUGUAUAGCUUUGUCAAAGGUUAUAUCAAAGACGUCUGGCGUGGAGAUGUGUAUGAGGUGGCCAUUACUGAAAUGCAUAAAGAUGAAAUGCAGCGCAACGAGUUUGUCAAUUCAAAUCUCAUUUACUUUGAAUACACUCCAGCCGAUUGUGACUAUGUUUUGUCGGUCAUUUUGAAUGCCGUGGUUACAUCAAGCUUCGGAAGAGGAUGCAAUUUUUUUGCACGAAUGAACGAAAGUUCACAGCACAUUGCUCAGAUGGCAAAUAUUUUUCCGAUGCAAUUUCUAUUCCCACGCACGUUUUAUCAUAUCAUGAAGACUUGCAUGUUGAGUGUACCAGAGUUACGUGUGCGCAUGAUGUCACUACUGUGUCUUAAUAAUUUUUAUCAUAAGGGAAGCGUCUGGUCGUUAGUGAAGCGCUACAUUUAUAUGCAUGUCCGCAACUACCACAUGGGCACAUUUUUGUCAAUCGGUGAAUGGUAUGAGGCUCGUGAGAAGACACUCGCACACGUUGAUGUUGAAAUUGUUGACGAGAUGAAAAAGUAUCAACAAGUUGUGGAGGAAAUGAAAGCAAUUGCCAACGAACAAGGUUACAGUUUAUGCACAUUUCGCAUUUUAAAUCCGAAAUCAAUGUUGCCUUAUCUUCGUCAAUUUCCUUGCUCGGCUUACUGCGCCAUCGAAUGGAAGAAGAAAAUUAAUAGUCGCUGGUCACAAUAUCACAAUGAUUUGGAUCGCUUUGGUAUUGAUACACAGUCUCUGGAUCGCAUGAUGUCAAUUCCCGUCAAAUAUACUUUGAAGCGUAAAUUAAACGACGAAGAAAUUGAAAAAAUCUCGGCCAAACGCUUUAAGGCACUUGAUACGGUCUACACAAAAGAGGAGGAUGACGACGAACAAAGUGACGAUGAGGUGGAAAAUGAAAUCGAAAAUGAAUUCCAACCACAAGACGAAGAAUAAAAAAGUCUCUUUUUACUAACUUGGAUAAAUCCAAUCAAAGUGCUCCUAAACAAAAGAUUUUUCUUUUUAAAAUGAGAAUUUAUCAUUCCAAUUUGACACGUACUGAGCAUUGAAUCAAUUUAUUUCUUAAAAGACACGAGUCUUCAUAAAUUUGCUAGGCAAAAACGAAUUUAAUUGCUAGGUAAAAAUCAUUACCUUUAUUUAAUUGUAAGAUGAUUCAUUUAAUAUUUAAAACUCAAUAGAUCAAAGAGAAUCAAAACCAAAAACAUGCAUGCGCUUAGCAAAAAAAACGAAGAACAAAAUCUGUGUUCAUUCAAAAUAAGUUUUACAAAUCGAUAAAAACUUUUCUUGAGUCUUUUUUUUUCAAUUUUUAUUUGACAAAAUGUGUGACAUUUGAAUGAACUUUUAACCACAUAAUCGUGAAAAUUAACUACGUCAAAAAUUCAAUAUUAAUUACGACCGACAUUUAAAAAAAAACAUUUUGAUGUUAACCACGGAAAAAGAAUGAAUUGAAUAUUUAUUCGAAUUUAAAAAUUAUAUAAAAAUAUACUUUUAUAUUAUUAAUUUAGUGUAAUGGUUGAAUGCGAGAGUUUAACUCCAAACAUCGGCCGAGUAUCGUUUUUGUGCUUCCAUUCUCUUCAAAUAUUGUAAAGCACUCGCAUCAUCCAUGUUUCCUUUGGUUUUAAUGAUAUUUAGUAGAAUGUUCCUAACGUCAGUGGCCAUAUUCUUAGCGUCACUGAAAUUACAAAAGCAGAAAAAAAACAUUUAAAAUUAAGAAAAUCGACAAAAAUUUGAGUAAAACAAACAGAGUAUUAGCAAUAAAAUAGCAUUGAAUGCAUACCCGCAAAUAUAUAUGUGACCCUUAUGAUCAAUGACAUCCCACACAAGUUCAGUAUCUUCUCGCAGAAGAUUUGUGACAUAGACUUUUUCGGGUUGAUCUCUUGAGAAGGCAGUUCGCAUUUUAAGCGUACCAUUUUGUACAUACUCAUUCAAUUCCUAUCGAAUGUAAAAACCACAACAAUUAUUAAUAAUAAAUAAAAUCAGACAAAAAAAUGUAUAGCUUU